UCAAGCUUUCUCUUAGCAUUGCCAAACUCUGGUAAUCUGAUCUUAUUUCUUAAGAUUCCGGUGAUGGAAAGAGACAAUUCCGUCGGCCACGGUUCACCAUGGGCGGAUCAGUGGGGCACCAGCAACGCGGCGGCUCCCACCGGUGCUACUGACAAAAAGAAGAGCGGCGGCGGUGGCGCAACCGCCAAGUACAAGCAGAAGGUUGGGGAUGGGCUUGAGAAGACCAAAUCGGUGGCUUCAACCGGGAUGAAGAAGGUCAAACAAGGAACCUCUUUGGGGAUUCAAUGGAUCAAAGACAAGUAUCGUAAAACUACCCAGAAGAACUAGUCCUCGCGUUUCGCUCUUUUUGUUUAUAUUCCUUUUGCUUUUCUUUAAUUGAUUUAAUUUAAAUUACUCGCAGAUUCAUUCUAUUGCUUUUGUUUUGUAUGUAAAACUAUAUACUUGUAUUAGAUCCACAUCCUUUUGUUUUGAUCUAAAAAUUAGUAUAUGUUUUUGUUAUUAUUUUUUAA